AUGGGGACGGCUGACGAUGACGAGCACAAGAAGCGCAGUAUCAAUGAGAUGUUUGGCGACGAGGACUCAGGAGACUCUGGUGACGAACAGGUCCCUCGCCCUACGACGUCGACAACAGCCGAUGCCUCGGGAUUAUUUGGCUCGGACUCGGAGAGCGGCGGCGAGGAGGAGAAACCAGCCAAGCGUCCUUUGCCACCGCCUGUCAAACGUGUCAAAAAGUCUCGUGACGACGAUGGAGGUCGCAAGCAGCGCGAUGAAGGCGAUGAGUAUGACUCUGGAGAAGACGUGGCUACUACCAAAGACGAUGAGGACUUUAUUGAUCGGGACGACGACCUGGCAGAUGUGCUAGGCGAGUACGCCGAGGACCGUCAGCAUUUUGAUGACGAGCGUCCGAUGGAUGAACAGGAGCCGAGGCAAGAGCAGAAGGACGAUUUCUUUGAUCGGACACUAAAAUCGCUCAAGACGGGACGCGCUCGCGCGAAGCUGAACUUGUUGCCGCAGGAGAUGGAGCAAAUUACACAGGAAGUGCUCUACCGGAUGGACAAAGCUUACGCUGACGACCUCGCAAGUAUGGCAGAACGUCGUGCCGCGCUCGAGAAAAUUAAGUUUGUGGACAGCGCCCUGCAUAUUCUGCGCAAGCUACAGUUUCAGCCCAUGUUGUUGGAUUUUGACCUGCUCACUAUUGUGAAGAAAUGGAUCCAGCCUUUUGAGGAUGACACGCUGCCUAAUGUCGGCUUACGCACGAAGAUGCUUGAUAUGGUCAGCAAAAUGCCAGUUUUCAAGGAGCACCUUAAGCGCAGUGGACUCGGGAAGGUUGUGAUGCAGUUGAUGAAGCACCCGCAAGAGACGCCUGAGAACAAGGAGCUCUGUCGGAGUCUGAUCGAACGCUGGAGCCGCGCGGUCUUCAACAAGACUCUAGAUUUCUCGAAGCUGGCUGAGCUAGAAGCCGAAAAAGCUGAGAACGAGGCUUAUCGCCGUCGUGGACGUCUGCGCAGACAGAACAAGUCAAAGAGCCAAGCACGCUCGACUGAUCGAGGUGGUAACGUAUUCAAUGCCCGUGGUGCCGAUAAUGGUUCUAAGACUGAAGCAUCCGAGCGUGCAGAGCUACCAGAACAGCUUCACAUUGAUUUCCUGCUUCGACCUCAGUCGAAGGUGGAUAUGAAUGCCGUGCAGACGAAGAAAGUGGACUCGGAUUCUCGCAAGGCACGCUUGACUAAGCGCAUGCAAGAGAUCGCGAAGCCUGGAAAGAAGACCAAACGGGCUACAGGCGUAAGCAUCGAGGGCAGAUAA